UGCACUUGAUAACAGUCAACAUGCGGAUAUUAACAGCAUUGGUCAUUUGCAGCAUUUGGCGGAUUUCUACAACAAAUGGAACCAACCAAAUAUCACAGUUGUUGUCGCGAGUGGAAAAUGUAGAAAAUGCGGUUAGAAAACGAAAUGUUGUUAUAGAGGAACAAGAAAACCGAAUACGCCGGCUUCAGCUUGAACUGCAAAAAGAACGAACACAACGUCUAGACACACAGGCUAAAUUAGAGAAUAGGAUCAACCAACUAACGCAACGAAAUGAUAAGCUAGAACGCUGUAUCGAUGACCAAGAUGGACAUAUCGAACGAUUGAUUAACCAAUACCAAAGUCAAUACGCUGAUAGAGAAAAAAGGAAACGCUUUUUAACUAAUGGCUUAGAAACAACUGCUUUCCAUGCAACCCUUGACCACUAUACAGGUUUACAACAUGUUCGUGUCGGCUCGACAAUUCCCUUCCCAGAUGUGAAACUGAACAUUGGUGGAGGAUACCAGAACACAUCAAGCGUGUUUGUUGCUCCACAGGCUGGUGUUUAUGUUUUCUCAACGUCAAUUAUGAGUUUUUGGAAUCCCAAUGGAGAGUUACACGCGGGCAUAAUGAAAAAUGGCGUGUACCAGGCCGGGGCCUAUGUAAAUGAUAUUGGCGGCCCGCCUGAACAGGGCUCAGUCACCAUAAGUAUGUUAUUAGGAGUUGGCGACAGGGUUUGGGUUCAACAUGUGGUUCAUGAUGAUGGUACCCUAUAUGGAGAUGGCCUUUCAAGCUUCAUGGGAUGUUUAAUUUUCACCGCGUAAGCACUAUCAUUUAAGUGACAUUAGUUUGUCAUAGCAUUAUGUGUUUGUAUACACUUAUAAAAUAUCAGAUACGAAAUACAUCUGAAAGUUCA